CGUCGAACCUCUGUCCGGCUUCUGCCAAAAAAUGGACGAAGAGGCUCUUCGUGUAGGUUUUUUUUGUGUUCUUAUUUUUAAUCGAAUCAAUUUGAUUUUGUGAUUUUUUUAUCAAAACAAUCUCUGAUUUGAUUACUUUUUUUAUAGAUGGGUGCCGAGAUAUACGAUCCUCGAUUGUAUAUCCAUUAUGGGCCAAGAGAUAUGAGACUCUUAACCGAUCAAGAAGCUCAUCGCUCCCGUGCUAUUUGGGAUAACAAUCCUGUAAUUUUAUGAUUUAUUUGCUUUAUUUUAUUAUUUUCUAAGGUUUUAUUUUGCUUUAUUUAAACUAACAAAUUGAUGUUUUUCCUAUUUUUUUGAAGGAAUCACUUAUUCCCGUCAUUCAUAAAGGGACCACAAACUUGCCCCCUUGGCAUCCACGGUUGGCGCCCUAUAUAGAGAGGACCGGGUUGGGUAUGUUGCGCCAUUUCAUGCGGAUCGAAAUCGACAACGAUCUGCUUACGGCAAUGGCGGAGCGAUGGCGUCCCGAAACCCAUACGUUCCACCUUCCGGAGGGGGAAAUGACGAUCACCCUCAAAGACGUGGCGAUCUUCACCGGGGUGCCGAUUACUGGAGAUGCCAUCAUUGGGCCCACUACCAAACCCGAAGGAGGUUGGGGGCCGCUCAUUCUUGCUGAGUUGGGAUUAGACAUGCCGACCACCACACCAAUUCAAGGACGGGGCCAUCCACCGUUGAAUGCGGGACAAGUGUUGGUCCCGUGGCUGGUAGCUCACAUCCAGAAUGAGGUGCAAAUCAAUGACGAGACUCCGGAAGAUCAAGUGGAGCGCUAUGAACGCAUCUACCUCAUUGGUCUGGUGGGUGGAUUUCUGUUCCCCGACAAGUCAAACCGGUGGAUUCAAGGCAUAUGGUUGCCAUUGCUCACUGGUGACUGGGACGCAAUCGGGGAAAAGAGUUGGGGAUCGGCCGUGCUAGCUGGCAUAUACCGGGAGCUGUGCACUUGCUCGAAGGUGGGAGCAAAACAAGUUGGUGCUGCGAUGUUCAUCCUACAGCUGUGGGUUUGGGAGCAUCUUCCAAUGUUCGCACCUCAAGAACCACGUCCAUACCGGAGAGCCGAUGAUGAGUUAAACUUUCUGCAAUAUCCCCCUUACGGUGUCAAGUAAGUUUAUUCCGUACACUUUCUCCAAACACCUAGCCUCCAAACUUUUUCUCAUCUUGUGCUUUUUCGUAAUGAGCAAAAGAGGUGUCAAUGGGUCCGAAGAUUAAGACAUAGCAUUAUGUCAAGCUUGGUGCAAAAUAUCAUGCGACAGAUAGGUGAGUGUUCAAAACGGUCAUUUCACUUUAUGAUCGCUCCCAACUAUCGACGGUGUCACGAUUCAAGAUAAUAGGUUUGACGUGUAGCGCAUGGAAGGGGGUAUUGAGGAAAGGUAACGAGCAAAGAUCUAGUGACCAAACUGCAGAUGUUUUGGUAAGUCCAUUUCUUUUUCAAGUUAUGAAUUUUAUUUUUUCUUAAUCGUGAUUAUGAAAUAAUAUUACAUAUGUAAU